AUGGACUGGCUCAUUUCUGUGGGUGAUUGGUGUCACAUGCAGCAGGAUCACGAUCGGCGAGCUCUGUGGUACCAGCACAAUGGCGGCGCCUUUUUUCGGACUGUCUCCGGCAUUAGUGACUGGCUGACCGGUCUGCCAACUCUCGAGGAGUUUGUGCAAAUUUCGGCCGCCAUGGCCAGCACCAACAGCGACGAGCUUCAACACGCCAAGCAGUGGCUUGAAAAAUUUCAGUCUACUGUGGAAGCUUGGAACAUUUGUGCUGCAGUGCUUCACCAGAAGCAUUCCGAAACUGCAUGCAUUUACGCGUCUCAGGCCAUGCGCCGCAAGAUCUUGACGGAUUAUCGCGAAUUGCCCGACAGUGCAACUGACGAUCUCCGCAAUAGCAUCAUGGAUCAUCUUGCAAGCUUCACCGCCAAGCCCGGCGCCAAAGUCGUUGUGCGACAGCUCUGUCUAGCCCUCGCAGAUCUGGCCGUGUACAAGCAAGAUUGGCAAUACCCCUCCAACACCAUUCUCGAGCGCUUUGGAGGCGACAUUGCUGCCAUGCCUACCGUUCUCGAGUUUCUCGCCGUCUUGCCCGAGGAAAUUGCCAAUGAAGAACUUCGUGUGACGUCGGACCGCCAAUAUCAGGUUGACAAUCAGCUGGCCGAGGCUUCGGGUCAGGUUUUGCAGUACUUUUGCCACUGCUUGGAACACGCAUCGACUUCGGAACUGAAGCAGCAACUCCUCAAGGCCUUGGCCUCGUGGUGCGAGUUUGAGGGCCCUUUGAUUCAGAAUUUGGCCUCAACUCCUCUGAUUGAUUUUGCCAUCUCGAGUCUGAGCGAUGAAGACCUCCGCACCUCGGCCGUAUCGGGCCUGGUCCAGGUCAUUCGCAUGUGCGAAGCUCCCAACCGCGUGGAGCUCAAGCAGGUCAUGGCUGGCAAGAUUGCUGCGCUCUCGCCGCUCAUGAAGGAUUCGGCGAUGAAUGAGGAUGGAGAGGGUGGCAAGCAUUUGGCUCAGAUCUUCUGUGCCUUUGGUUGUGCACUCCGCUUUGACAUUGUUCACACUCCACCACACACUUUUGCUUCCCUCUUUGAUGUCUUGAUGCAAGCUGUUGCACACCCCUCGCCUGAAGUCAUGGAGAUUACCUAUGGGUUUUGGUACAAUAUGGCCGACGUGCUCGAUGAGUUUGAAAACUUGAACGACAUCCCCGCUUUGGAGGAGAUCAAGGGGCGCUAUGCCGAAUUGUACAACCACAUUUACCGUGCAACGAUUCUUCCUGCCGAUUUUGCGGGCGUGGUGGAAACCGAGUCAGACGAAGCGGAUGUGCGCUAUCGCGCCAUUGACGUUUUCGUCGAAACCUCGUUCAUUCUCGGAUCAGAGGAUGUGGGCCAACAGCUUUUGAACUUGGCCAAAGCGGGUCAGGAAUGGCAGGCGCAAGAAGCUGCGCUCUUCCUGAUUCGGAGUGUCAUCGGCCGGCUUGGUGUCCGUGCCGAAGAGGAUCUGCAUUCCCACAAGCCCGUUGUGCGACAGGGUGAAAGCAUCGUCAACGAUCUCAUGCCUCUACUCACCUCAUUGCCGGACCAAGUUCCGAGCCAGUUCCGCCGAACUGUGAUCCAUUUGAUUGGCUCCUCUUCAUCGCGCUACCGCGAUCUAUCAGAGUGGAUUGCCAUGCACCCUGACUGGAUCCGACCCACCGUUGAUUUCCUUGCCCGUGCGAUCCGGGAUCGUGAGGUCAAUCACACGUGCUGUGCUGCGCUGAUGCACAUUAUGAACAAGUCAACGGACAAGUUUGCGCCUUACUUGGACCUCGUUUUCCAGGUUAUUUCUGUUGUCGGUGGAAGCAAAGCCACGGAGCUGAUGCAAAAGCUGCUGGAGCCUCUUUUGUCCUCUUUGCAGACUCUUGCGAGUGCUCCGCUGACGCCCGAGAGCGAGGAGAAGGUGCUUCAAAUUUUGGCUGCCGUGGCCAAGGCAUUCCAGAAUGCCAAUGUCACAAACGACAAGUUUCUGCCCAAUGGAAUGCAUCCUUUCCACGAGGCCGCCGCCCACACGUGUACAAUGGCCCUGAACGUGAUGCAACACCACCAGACCAAUGCCGAGGUUGUCUCUUUUGCCAACCAAGUCAUCCAUGGCUGCGUGCGAUCCAUGGGCCGUGAUUGCCUUGAGCUGACGGCUCAGAUCAUUGGCGUCAUGCGUCAUGUGCAUGCCGCAACACAGAACAGCUCGUGCCUUUACGUGGUCUCAUCUAUGAUCAACACCUUGGGUGAGGUGGAUGAGGUGAAGGAGGCGCUGUUUUCCUUGGCACAUGACCUGAGCUGUAGCGCUUUUCAGACGCUGGCAUCGCAUCCAAAUGCCAUUGCCGAGAACAUUGACCUGACGCUAGACAUGUUCAGGAUACAAUGGCGCUUGAUCAGCAAGAUGCCUGUAAUGUACUUUCGCAGCGACCUGCCUUCUGUGUCGGUGGAUUGCGCAACUCGGAGUAUUCUGCACCGCGAGCGAGAUACUGUUCGCGAAACCACAACCUUUCUUUCGCACCUGUGGCGGGCCGAUCACAUUGGCAUGGAGGCAGAGCAGAUUGAGAAUAGCGCUGAGAUCAAGGCAGCACUGCUGACACUGCUGCACACCAAGGGUGAAGCUUUGACGCACAGCGUCAUGGAGGGCAUCAUGGGUGGCCUCCAAUCGAACAUGGCAUCGGAGCCCGCAGAGGUAUUGUGGUACAUGCUUGAGAUUGAUCGCGCCCUGACUCUGCAAUGGAUUGCCGCAGCUCCAGCUUUUGCUCUGCUGGGGUCCCGCAACGUACCCGAGGCUGAGACGACCCAGUUUAGCCAGAGCAUCCAGACAGCCAGCUCCAUGCGGCAAUUUAACCAGCAUUUGAACAUCACCAGGACCUGUGCCAUGAGCGAGAUUGAGUGCCCUCUCAGUGUGGCUGACCGGACCGAUCUGGUCGGGACCUUGUACUACGAGCAUGGCGAGGACCUGUCCAUCGGAACCUAUGGCACAGACUACGUUAUGGCCGCUCUAUGUAUCACACUUGGACUGUCGCUCAUGACCAUCAAACGGCCCGAGAAGGACAUGCAUGUGUUGGCGACACGUCUGAUGGGCAUUAGUCUCUUUGUGGAGGCGGGGGCAGACCUUUGCGGCGCUUACUUUCACCAGUUUUAUCACCCUGCACACGACUCACAUUUUCGCCUCGUGUGGUCCUUGACCAUGACAUUACUUUUGGCGCUGGGUUGGCUGCGUGGUUGUGCCUCCAUUGUUCUCUUGUCCAAUCACACCACUCGCCGCUUGGCCAUGUUGAGCACGGCUGCGCUGGCCGGUCUGCUCGUCGGCACGGUGUGGGUGAUGAAUGCACCCUUUCUUAUUUUUGCAGUAUGCGCAGUACUGGCACCGACCGUUGGUUUGGUCGCCUCCAUGGUGGCCCACCGCCAGAGUGGAACCCAGCGACUUUGCGCAAUGAACGGAGCUGUGGCCCUCGUGCUUACUCUGGCAUCGGCCUAUGUGCAUGGGGCGGGUGCCGGCCCAUGUGCCACGCCUUGUCCCGUCGACUGUCCCUACUUUGCCCCCAACCUGAACCACAACGGCGUCUUGCAUGUGCUGCAGAUGAUUGCCAUCACACUGCUAAGCUUGAACUGGCGCUCCUUCCAUGCGUGCGCCCCCGUGGAGGGCGCGCCAACGCAGAAGAAGAGCAAGUCUUCCCCUCAAGACUUUCUCUCCUACUGUGAGAAUCUCACCCAAUCAAUCAGGGUAGACGCAGGAAAGGAUCUAGCAACAUGCAUUCAUUUCGAGAUUAGAGGGUGCAGGGAUCCGCAAGUGCUUGUGUACGCGCGCGCGCGUGUGUGUGUGUGUGUGUGUGUGUGUGUGUGUGUGGAGAAACGGGUUCAGGCUUGGGGCUUGGGACUGGCUCAAGGGAAAAAGGAUGCACGAGACCUUGGGGAAUCGGCUAAGCUGAGUGCUAACAAGGGAUUGCAGAUGAAGCCUGAGAACACCGCACGCACCAGUCAAGUCUACCCCCGUCCCAUUUGCAGGGUACAUGCUGCCUGGAAGAAUCUGGCGAUUGCUGUCACAGCUAGUGCCCCAUCUGCGGGAGGCGUUGAGGCUGGAGCCAUUAAAAUCUUCAAAAAACGUAACGCUCUACACGUAUUGGCCAAGGAGGGGGACAACAAAACCUUGUCCGUGGCUCUCAAGAAUGCUGAUCCUGAUGUCCAGGACAAUGACGGAAUGCGUCCUCUGCAUUAUGCUGCGUGGUACGGGCACACGAGCUGCCUUCAGACACUGAUCGGCGCUGGCGCCGAUGUCAACGCCCACGACCAUGACGGUGCUACGCCCGUGCACGCCGGCGCAUUCAACGGACAACUUGCCACCGUUGUGGCCCUUGUUGAGGCCGGGGCUGAUUGCACCCUGACUGACAAUGACAACGCAACACCCAGUCAGGUGGCGGCGGAGGAGGGUCACCCGGAAGUCGAGCUCUUUCUAAAAACCGUUGAAGACGAUCAAAAAUGCGACAAAGUUCUUGUGCGCAUGGAGGAGGCGUACAAUGAGGCCAAGGAGAAGAGCAAACAGUCAAAGCUGGUCUUUGCCAAGACGAUCAAGGAUGCCAAGAAGCGCGUGGCUGACCUGGAGAAGGAGCAACGAAAGAUGAUCAAGAACACACUCCGCAAUAAGAAAAAGAAAAAGAAAGAGACCAUUGACAUGGCUGGUCCCAAAAUGUCCUUCUCCCAGAUGACCGGUAUCCCGUCUCAAGCGCCUGUGCAAUCGGAUGCUGAGACAAUGCCCUCGGCCAUGCGAACACGGCGCAAGUCCACCACCUCAGAUGCGCCGCCUGAGAGCCCGCUGCCGUCACAGUCGCCACUGCCCAGUGGUGCAGGCCCAGAUUUAGAAAUGAUUCUGGCGCAGCUGGGCGCCGACCAUGGCGAUCGCGAGGCCUUGAACAUGUUCCUCGCCUCAAUCGAUCUCCGAGAGGUGGCUCGCAUGUUUGAGGCGGAGGAAUGGACCCUUGAACGUCUUGUUUGCGCCAGUGCUGUCGAUCUCAAGGAGCUUGGUCUUCCGGCUGGCAUCCGGAAGAAGAUUAUGCAGGCUCUGCGUCAAUUUUAG